CUAACUUCCGGCAAAUAUCCAAACAUUUUACAUUUUUCUGUUUUUUGUUGAGUUUAUUUUCAUAUAUACUUCUGGGAUGAUAUAAAUAAGAAGGAUGAUGACAAGUAAAGAGCCUAAGUGUGUAGUGUCUUCAUACAGAGAUAGCAUUAUAAAUUCAUUAUACCAACUUCAGCGUAAGAACUGUUUUUGUGAUGUAGAAAUUACAACAAACAGUAAUACAGUUUAUGUACAUAAAGUCAUAUUAGCCGUUUGUGAAAGUCCUGCACUUCAUGAGUCGGUAAAUGUAGCAGACAAAGUUUCAUUUUUCGGAAAAACCAAUAUUAACUGCAGCGAUUACUCGAAAGAAGUUGUUGAGUCACUUGUAAGGUAUUUAUAUACAGGGGAGAUAAAAGUGGAAGAAAGAAAUGUUAAAGCAUUUACCAAGCUCUGUCAAUCAUUCCAACUGGACAAAGCUGUUGAUGCAUUUGUUAGUCAUAUGAUACAACAGAACAUUUUAAAUAGUGCAAGACAAGAUGGCAGCCAGUUAUCUGUUUCCAUGGGUACAUGUGAUAAUUUGUCAACAUUGUCAGAUGCAGCAGAUAUGGUCUCAUCAGGAACAUCUCUCGAUCUUUCAAUGAAAUCUAAUAAAUCUUUCACAACAUUGAAAGCAUCAGAAUGUGAGGAAAAGGAAUUGAUAAUAGAACAUACAGGGAAUGAAAAACCAUGUGAUCAAAGUAUGCAGGAUUCACCCCCUUGUUUUGAAGAUGAUGAUGAUGAAAAUACAGUAGAUUUAACAGAAUAUGAUACCUUGAUAAAGAAUAAAGGACCAAAACAGCAAGCCAUUAUAAAAGUGGACAACCAGGAAGGGUUUGAUCCUAAAGUUAACAUCUCUCAGUCAAAUACAAAUGCCAAAGGAAAUGUUAAUAUGUUCUUAAUGUCUCCAGAGCAUAAUCCUUAUUAUGAAGCCCCAGACACAAGAAUCAAAAGACCAAGGAGAAGAACUUCACAAUCAACAAGUGAUGGUGCUAAAGAUAUACCAACAUCCAAACCAAAAAGGAAACCUACAACCAGGUCAAAAAAUAAAACUACAACAAGGACAGGGUUAAAGACUAAGAACAAGAAGAAAACAUCUAACAAGGGAAACUUGAAGAUUAAAAUUAAAAAAAGUAAAGUUCAGGUGAUAGAACAGGAUGAGAAUGAAGAAAUUAGUGAAGAUACAGAAACAACGGAAGAUAAUGUGAAACCCAAAAGAAAACGGGGUGUUGUACAUCGCUGGUGCAGAAAAUGUGAUGUCAGAUUCCCAGAGAAAGAUUUGCGUAAACAUCUGAGAACCAAACAUCCUCCAUACUCCUGUAAAAUGUGUGACUGGACUGGUCUUCUGAAACGAGAGCUGGCAUUACAUAUGUAUAGUAAACAUCAGAUGUUAAUAAUGCCAGAUAAAUAUCCUCUCUUACAAUGUGACAAUGCAGGAUGCACAUUUAAAACUUUGUUUUCCUAUGCAUUAGACAGACAUAAAGAAUGCCACAAUAGAUUAGUGCGGCAUCUGUGUGAUGUAUGUGGAUCAAGUUUUGCCACAGCUGGAGGACUGAAGGAGCACUCGUUAAGACAUGCAGAUGAAAAUCCUAUAUAUAAAUGUGAUAUUUGUGAUGCUGUGUUUGGUUGGAAAUGUAAACUGAAAAGUCAUGAAAUGAAGGAACAUGGAACAUAUCUAUUAUGUGAAAUCUGUACAUACAAGACAAAAUACAAAGAUAAAUUAACCAUGCAUUUACAUCACGAACAUGGACAACCAUUACCAGCAAAUCAGAAGAUACACAGAUGUGAUCAGUGUGACUUUUACUGUAUCAACCGUAGUAAACUUAGAUUCCAUAAAAUAAGACACUCAGGAGAGAAAAAUCAUACCUGUGGACAGUGUGGAAAAUCUUACCUUAACCAACAUCAGCUGAAAAACCAUAUCAAUAGUACACAUGGAGCAAGAACAUUUGACUGCCAUCUUUGUUCAUAUGUAAGCAAGAGAAAAUCGGAACUUAACAACCAUAUUAAGUCCAGACAUUCUGAGGACCGUCCAUUCACAUGCAAUCUAUGUGACUAUGCAUGUAAACUGAGAGGAAACUUACAUAAACAUAUCAGACUGGUUCACAAAGUGGAUGUUGUAACAAGAAACCAGUUGCACCAAAACAUGCUUCAGACAGGGAAAGGCUAUAUGGAUUUGCUUAAUGCUAGGAAAACAGAUGAAAUAGUGAUUCAAGAAAAAGAAGAAAGUUCAAAACCCAAGGAAAUUCCAAAACCCCCUUCUGAAACCACUCCUAGACUUAUGCCAAGUGAUGAACCCAACCAAAGACAAUUUCAGCAGGUUUUGGAACCUCAAAAUUUAGAUGAUGGUUCCGUCAGGAGAAAUAUUGAAAUGUUGAUAAGAACAAAUGAAGGCUUAUUGAACAGAAAUCCUGAAAAUUUCACUGGUCCGAUAGCUGGUAGUGUUCCUAUUGCUGGUAAUGUGUAUCAGCCAGUCAAUAUGACAAGUCAUGGAAACUUUCAACCUCCUAGUACACAGGGAUUUUCAUAGGAAAAUGUUCCAAUUGUACAUUGUUAUAGCAGAUAUACAUAAGUUUGUACACAGAUCAAUCAAGCUAAGUUUGCUUGUUUGGUAGGUGGUAUUACCAUUGUUUACUUCCAGUAAAGUAACUAUGGUUAUAACUAGCCAAUCUAAUCAUGAGACAGAUAACAAGGGAUGACUGAAAAACCUGUUUGGCCAUUUUGUUUCUAUAUUUAUGAUAGCUUUUAAAGAAUUUGUGGUUCAAGAGCAAAAAUAACUUUAUGUAGAAAGUACACACUAAAAUAAUUUUACUGUAUCACAUUUACGAUGUGGAAAUGUUAAUCAUGUGAUAUAUAAAUCUGUAAUAUUGAAUCAUAUAAAUAUGAGGGUCUGGAUUGGGUUUACAGAAGAGAGAAUAAUGCCCCAAAAAAGUAAUGUAAAGAGAAAAAUGAGUAAAAAAUAUUAGAAUAGAGAAUAAUGGGGUGCAAAAGUAUAAAGAAUGACUGUGAAAAAUAAAAAAAAUUAGUUAAUACUAUAUAUAAACUGAUUAGAGAAAUGAACGAUGAACAGAAAAAUUGUAAAAUCAUUUUCAUGAGAAUUUCAUAGAACAACUGUUAUUUUUAAAGAUAAAGAAAAAUUUCCUAAAAUCUAAAGAAUACACUACAGAAAUUAAGGACCCCCAUCCAGACCCUCAUAUAUAACAUGAAAGAAUCACAUUGCUUCUUUUAUUAUGUGACAAGUAUAUUCAAAAGUUUUAGGUAUACAAAAUAUGAAUAAAUUUAGGAGAUAUGGGCUGUUUUCUGCUCUAUGGUUGGGUUGUUGUCGCUUUGACACAUUCCCCAUUUCCAAUAUUAAUUCUAUACAUCAAGGUGACAGCAACCCAAUUACACAACAAAAAAAGUGUAUGUGUAAACGUCAUGCUCUACAAAACCGUAAGUAAAUAAAAAAUUGUAAAUGAAUUUAAUAGAGAAUAUUAUCCAUUUGUCGUUUUGAACAAUAAGUAUGUUUAAACUAAACAGAGAAUAUUAAAGAUCUGCCAUCAAGAACAAUAUCUUCAACAGAGAAAAAACAUGAUAAAGGCUAAAAACAACCACUUAAAAGAGGUUCUUGAUGCCUACACAGAACCAUGAAACUUGAGAUUUGUCAAAAGAGAACACUUGUAUCUAGACAGACAAUGUAUAUUCUUUUAAACAUGUAACCAAAAACCUGUAUCAGAAAAUACAAUGUAUUUUACUUACCAUCACUGGAACAGCUCACCAUAAAACAUGUCUUGUAAAGUAUGAACCAAUUUUUUUUAUAUCAAAAUAUAUAUAACAGAGAGUUGUAUACUUAUAUUGUUGUAAUUGGUAAGUGGUUGUUUAAAAACUUUUACAAUUGUAUUUGUAUUAUGGCUCUCUCAUUUGUUAAUUUAUGCAGAGAUAUUUCAUGUUAACAAUGUUGAAAAUUGUCUUAUAUAUAUAUAUCAUGUAUAUAUAUAUAUAUGUAUUAAUUGUUGAAUUGUUAUAUUUCUAUUAUGAGUGUUAAUUCAUUUGAUUUAUAGGUAUAAUUUUUGGGACUUGAUAAGGAAUAGUUGUUUUGGGGAAAUUUAAAAUCAUGGUUUUACAAUUUGAUCUCUCAUUUGCAUAUAUGCACAUAAAACCCCUGAAGAUCUAGUCUUUAAAUGACAACUUAUUAGCUCACCGGGGCCCGAAGGGCCCCAUGUGAGCAUAUGCCAUCACUUGGCGUCCGUCGUCGUCUGUCGUCGUAAACUAUUUCAAAAAUCUUCUCCUCUGAAACUACUGGGCCAAAUAUUUUCAAACUUUAACUAAAUGUUCAAGGGUAUCUAGUUUAUAAAUUGUAUCCGAAGUUUUGAUCCAUCGACAAACAUGGCCGCCAUGGCUAAAAAUAGAACGUAGGGGUCAAAUGCAGUUUUUGGCUUAUAUCUCAAAAACUAAAGCUUUUAGAGCAAAUCUGACAUAGGGUAAAUUGUUCAUUUGGUCAAGAUCUAUCAGCUCUGAAAUUUUCAGACGAAUUGAACAACCCAUUGUUGGGUUGCUGCCACCGAAUUGGUAGUUUUAACAAAAUUUUGCAGUUUUUUGUUAUUAUUUUGAAUAUUAUUAUAGAUAUAUAUAAACUGUAAGCAGCAAUAAUGUUCAGCAAAGUAAGAUCUACAAAAAAGUUAUUAUGACCAUAAUUGUCAAUUGACCCCUUAAGGAGUUAUUGCCCUUUAAAGACAAUUUUACACAAUUUGUUCAUCAAGUUUGCUAACAUUUAAAAAUCUUCUCCUCUGAAACUACUGGGCUAAUUACCUUCAAACUUUAACUAAAUGUUUCUUAGGGUAUCUUGUUUAUAAACUGUAUCUGAAGUUUGUAUCCAUCGACAAACAUGGCUGCCAUGGCUAAAAAUAGAACAUAAGGGUCAAAUGCAGUUUUUGGCUUAUAUCUCAAAAACUAAAUCUUUUAGAGCAAAUGUGACAUGGGGUAAAAUUGUUUAAUUGGUCAAGAUCUAUCGGCCCUGAAUUUAUCAGACGAAUCGAACAACCCAUUGUUGGGUUGCUGCCACCGAAUUGGUAGUUUUAACAAAAUUUUGCAGUUUUUUGUUAUUAUUUUGAAUAUUAUUAUAGAUAUAUAUAAACUGUAAGCAGCAAUAAUGUUCAGCAAAGUAAGAUCUACAAAAAAGUUAAAUGACCAAAAUUGUCAAUUGACCCCUUAAGGAGUUAUUGCCCUUUAAAGACAAUUUUACACAAUUUGUUCAUCAAGUUUGCUAACAUUUAAAAAUCUUCUCCUUUGAAAUACAGGUGAGCGAUUCAGGCUCUUGAGAGCCUCUUGUAAUUAGUUUUGUUGUCUCUAUUAAUCACAGAGUCCAUUAAAAUGAUAUCCUUCGAUUGACAAUUGAUUCUGAGCAUUUCCAUAGUCAUAAUAGUUCAGGAUAUUUGAUCUUUUUAAUUUUAACCAUUAUUUUUGUUUUAUAACUCUUUUGUGAUAUGAUUAACCAGAGUAACUCCAAAACUAUCAAACAUGUCAAAGAAAACCCUAAUAUUAAAAAAAAAUUAAUACACUCAUCAAAUGCCUAUGAAGGGUGUCUGAUCCCGGAUCCUGCUUAUUGUUUUGUCAGAAUCCCGUAUCCCGCUUAUCAUUGCAAUUAUAGCGACUGUAAUUUCACGUGUCCCGCUUUCCCAUUUUCACGCAAAAUAAUUUGACUUUCACGUGUCACGCUUAUGAAAAAUCGGCCCAUCCCGCAUCACGCUUACACCCCAAUGGGACCGACUAUGAAGUAUGAUUUGCAAUACCUAAACUUAGUUGUGUAUGCUUUGGGAUUAAUGGGACGUUAUGAAAUAAAAAACAUAAUGUUAGUCAUGUGAAAUUGUCUAAACAAAUAACAUGGUAUUAAAAAUUCAACAAAAAAAACACAUAUUCUUUCAUUCCUUUUUAUAUAUUAUUACAUUAUUUCUCACCAUAACUCUACAUUGAAAAUCUAGAGAGUUUCAGAUCUUAUCAAAUAAUUUUAAACACUUGACAUACAAAUCAGUCUCAAUAUUCCAUGAUAUUAUGAAAAUGGUAAACUGUUAGACAAUGUUAUUUUGGACCUCAAUUAAUAGCAAUCAUCCUAAAAGUAAUAAUUUAACUGAUCCAUUAUUAGCAUACUACGACGGUCAUUAGUAAGGCAAUGCAAAAUAGAUUUUAUGCAUACAGCAUCUCAGUUUUUGUCUCUCCUUGACAGAGUCAAAAAGCGAGACAUAGGUAUGCUGUUUCCAGUAUCGGUGCUGACAGCGGCAUCAACAAUGUAUUAGUUUGUGAUUAGGUCAGUUUUGUGGGGAACCACUUGUGGUAGGUCUAUGAUAUUUGGUAUGCAGUUGUAUUAGCAUUGGUACAUCUCAUUUCCAUGGAAAUUAUUUGGCCCCGCCCCCUCAGGCCUCAGUCAUGGUCUAUUGGCUUUGAAACUUUUGUAUAGUUUACAUAUAUUAGUUUGUGAUUAGGUCAGUUUAUGGGGAAUCACUAGUAGUAAGUCAAUGAUAUUUGGUAUGCAGUUAUAUAAGCAUUGUCACAUCUCAUUUCUAUGGUGAUUAUUUUGCCCGCCCCCUCAGUCAUGGUCUAUUGACUUUGAAACUUUUGCUAAGUUUACAUGUAUUAGUUUGUGAUUGUGUCUGUUUAUGGGGAACCACUAGUGGUAGGUCAAUGAUAUUUGGUAUGUAAUAUAUGUAUUAGCAUUGGCACAUCUCAUUUCCAUGGAGAUUGUUUUGCCCCUCUGUCUCAGUCAUGGUCUAUUGACUUUGAAACUUUUGCUUUGUUUACAUGUAUUAGUUUGUGAUUAUGUCUGUUUAUGGGGAACCACUAGAGGUAGGUCAAUGAUAUUUGGUAUGUAAUAUAUGUAUUUGCAUUGGCACAUCUCAUUUCCAUGGAUUUGUUUUGCCCUGUACUUUCAAUCAUGAUUCAUUGUCUUUAAACAUUUUGCAUAAUUUACAUGUUAAAGUAUUGCUAUUUUAAUUUCAACAUUUGCAUUUUACUAUCAAAAUAACAAAACGACGAAAUAUAUCUCAGUGUUAACAGUUUAUUGAAUGAAGAAGAUAUUGUAGAUAGUUAUUAAAUAAAUAAUUUGACAGGUAUUAAAAAGAAGCUGUCAUUAUUAAAAUGCAAGUAACUCCUUAUUACUUAAAAAUAAAUGAAUUGAAUAUUAAAAAUGUAUGAUUUGGGUAAAUUUUUAAUAUGUUAUUGAAAUCUAUGAUGAUACUGGUGAUACAUUUUUACAUGUCAGAGCAAAUAAAACAAAAUAUAAAAUGAA